UUUUAGAAUCUUAAACCUGGUUUGACAUUGAGACGAAGGUUGCAAAACUAUCUUGUCUUACAAGUCGACCCUGCUAGCUUCACUGUCCAAAAAAGUGAUGAUCACUGCGGCGGUUCGAAAAAGCGCCACCAUGUUCUCCUCCUCCUCCUCCUCAACUCUCAGAAACCCUAACUUCCUUCUCCCUUCAACUCCAUCUCUCACCCAUGAUUUCCCCUCUCACUCCCUUUCCUUCCCCAACCGUCUCUCCCUCCGAUGCUUCGCUUCUCGCGCCACCUUCCACACAAUCCCAGUUCUCAAUCCCAUUGUCGAAAUGGACGGUGAUGAAAUGACCAGGAUUAUAUGGAAGAUGAUCAAGGAUAAACUUAUAUUUCCUUACUUGGAUUUGAACAUCAAGUAUUUUGAUUUGGGGGUUCAGAAUCGUGAUGCUACUGAUGACAGGGUUACUGUCGAAAGCGCUGAAGCCGCUCUCAGGUACAAUGUUGCUGUGAAAUGUGCAACAAUCACUCCUGAUGAGACCCGAGUCAAAGAAUUUGGACUGAAAUCUAUGUGGAGAAGCCCUAAUGGCACUAUUAGGAAUAUUUUAAAUGGUACUGUUUUCCGUGAACCCAUAAUUUGCCGUAAUAUACCCAGAAUUGUUCCCGGAUGGAAAAAGCCCAUAUGUAUUGGUAGGCAUGCUUUUGGUGAUCAGUAUCGAGCCACUGACACAAUAAUUAAAGGGCCAGGGAAGCUUAAGUUGGUAUAUGUCCCAGAAGAUGGUGAGGCUCCCACGGAGCUUGAUGUUCACGAAUUCAAAGGCCCGGGUGUAGCGCUUGCUAUGUAUAAUGUUGAUGAGUCUAUUCGAGCAUUUGCUGAAUCAUCAAUGUCACUAGCCUUUGCAAAAAAAUGGCCACUUUACUUGAGUACCAAGAAUACAAUUCUCAAGAAAUACGAUGGCAGGUUCAAAGACAUAUUUCAGGAGGUGUAUGAAGAAAGAUGGAAGCAUAAGUUUGAAGAACACUCAAUAUGGUAUGAGCAUAGACUAAUUGAUGACAUGGUGGCUUAUGCACUCAAGAGUGAAGGUGGAUAUGUUUGGGCUUGCAAGAAUUAUGAUGGUGAUGUCCAAAGUGAUUUACUUGCUCAAGGUUUUGGCUCAUUGGGUCUCAUGGCUUCUGUGCUGUUAUCUUCUGAUGGCAAAACAUUAGAAGCUGAAGCAGCUCAUGGAACUGUAACGAGACAUUUCCGGCUUCAUCAAAAGGGACAAGAAACCAGUACAAACAGUAUUGCUUCCAUAUUUGCAUGGACACGAGGACUGGAACAUAGAGCCAAGCUGGAUAAUAAUGAAAAAUUGCGGGAUUUUACUCAUAAGUUGGAGGCUGCAUGUGUUGAGACAGUGGAAUCAGGAAAGAUGACCAAAGAUCUUGCAAUUCUGGUUCAUGGAUCUAAGGUAUCAAGGGAGUUUUACUUGAACACUGAGGAAUUUGUUGAUGCUGUGGCACAUAAUCUUGAGAGAAAGCUCCAAGAGCCUUCAGUGGUGUAAGUAACCUUUUCUGCAGAGUGAAGGAGGAAGAGAAGUUGGGAAAGCUAAACACUGAUUUGAUAGAUGUCUACAAUUUGACCAUUGAUAUUGAUGUUUUUUAGAAUCUUGGGUAGCUUGCCAAUUCGACCAUUGAUUCUUUGAGACUGGCUACUGGCUUCCCCAUUCUUGUACAACUGUCAAAAGUUACUUACACGAUCGGUAGAAAUCAGUGAAUUUUUAACAGGCGGAUUUAGAUAAGUACAAAAUAAUUAUGAUGUGAACAAAAUGCUGAUGAUGAAUUGUGAUUUUGUGAAUUUGAUGGCUUAUUUCAUGAA